UUUCGGCCGGGGUGUUCUUGUGACUGCAUUUUCUAAGUUCCAGGUUUUCUGGCAGUAGUUUGCUAGUGAUCAGAUAAACUUUCCUUAAUAUUGCGUUUUGUUUAGAAUCUGCUUUAUAGGGAAUUAGAACUAUUAUUCAUCGAUUUCAUUAUUCAUUGUUUUAUUUCGUGCGCACGCGCCACUCUUGCUUUCGUUUUUGUGCGAUCGGUGCGGUUUAGAGGAAGCAGUUGUAAAUUUCUUACUUUGUACUAAAGACUUGUUGAGAUAAAACAUGGAUGUGACAGCUGCCUUAAAAGACCUGGAACUUUGGAAGGCCAAGGUUAAGGAAGCAGAAAAUGAAAAAUCCAAACGGAUGCUGGAGAAACUGGACUGUGAAGAGCAAAAGAAAAAAUUCCAGAAAGAAACAGCACACGUGCUUUCAGUGCAAAAGGAGAAGGAGGCUGAGCAUUUGAGGAUGAAAGAAAAACUCGAGACCCUUAACUCCGAUGCUGAGAAGCGCAACAGAGCUCUGAGGGAACGCAUAAAAGCGCAUGAAGAUGCGCUGAAAGUGAAACAAGAAGAAUACAGUUUGCUUCAGCAACAAUCAAAGGUUAAGACUGACAUCCCAGAGAAGAAGGUGAAGUUUGCACAUGUGAUAACAGAGGAGAAAGAGGCAGAAGAGCAUGAUUAUGAGACCACUGAGGGUCAAUUUACCAUCUCCCAGAAACCCAGUCUUCUCCUGAGGGGUGGGCAAGCCCUUAUUACCUUCGAAGAAGAUAAAGUGGCAGAAAAAAUACUCAUGUUGCCAAAGUGUUGUGUCCCUGUGGAUAAUAACAAAAUGGAUGUGAAGCCUGUUUCUGUGACCUUGGAGCCAUCUGUGAAGUUCCAGAUUCACUUCAGCAUCUCAAACAGAAAGAUCAGGUUCUCUGAUGUGCCUCCUGUCCUGGAUGAGGAUCGCAUGAGAGACCGUCUGGAGCUAAGCUUCUCUAAGCCCAGUCUAGGAGGAGGGGAGGUGGAAGAGCUGACCUAUGAUAUGACAAGAGGCGCCGGCCAUGUCACCUUCCUCAAUACUGGAGUUGCUGAAAGUCUGUAUCUGAAGAAGAAAUACCCCAUAAAUGUGGGUGAAAAAAUUGAUGCAUGUAUCCAGCCAUAUUUUGAUUACCAGUUGAAACAGUUCCAGACAUUCUGUGGAGUGCCCAAGCGAACGGUGCUCUUGGAAGACAUCAAGGGUUUUCUGGAUGAGGAAGACAUGCAGGAUCAUCUGGAGAUCUACUUCCAGAAGCCCAGCAACUGUGGGGGCGAGGUGGACGCCAUCAAGUACACCUCCAAAGGAGGAGUGACGGCCUACUUCAGUGACGACGUGCCUAAACCUGAGGCGUGAUCUGCAGGAGACACUUUGGUUGUGCUGUAGUAUUCGAAGAGAACAUUCUGUCUCCUACCUUCACUGGGGAAGCUGCUUUUCAUGUUAUCAAUCAUGCUAUCAGUUUAAAGAUCUUAAUAAGGUGGUGGUCUUUUAAGUUGCACUCAAAUAAAAUCAUAUUGUCUUCCAGAGAAUGGAUUAUUACGUGUGAUUUCUAUGAUCACAAGACUUUGAUAAAUACUGUUUAUAUUUUAUCAGCCUAAAGAAACAAUUCCAUGUUACUAUUUUCUGUAAUAUAUUACAACAACAAUGUCCUUGAGCAUAUGUUAUGUGGAAAGUCUGUGCAAUUUAUAGACUUACAAUGCUGGUAAGUGUACAGUGCCUAGGGCAAUGCAAUCUCACUGGGAAAAUUGCACUAGAUGAUGGGGAAAAUACAAGGUUAUUGUCUGUAACUUUGAUAAAUUAGCUGUAUCAAAAAUGCUGUCCUAGGUCUUUCAUGUUUGAACUGGCAAACUUAAUAACUGAAGCCUUGUGAAAUUUUGUUAGUUAUUUAGUGACUGCAAAAAAUGAUUAUAUAAAGACAUCAUUUAUGGAUAUUGUUGCAAUUCAAUCUUUUAAUGUUUAUCAAAAUCAAAUAAAACUAUAAAAUCA